UUGGGAAUGCCCGUUAGAUGUGGCUUGCCGAUAAUAGCACACAUUAGCCACUGCGCUGCAACUGAGAGCACAGGCAGAGAGCAGGGGACUGAGUGCAGAAUGAUACAAUAGAGAAAGCAGCACAGAGAGAGAGAGAGAGAGAAGGAGUGGGAGAGAGUGUAUCAUCAGCACGUUGGAGAGCGCAAAGCACAGAGGACUGAGAGAGAGAAGGAAAGGAGGAGGAGAAGAGGAGAGAGGAAAAAAAGAUAGAGGAUUGUGUUUUGUAGGGGGGUAAAAGUUCCCAGCUCCCCAGGCAGAAAGCAGUACUGAGGUCAGCAGCAGGGAGAAGUGAACCAGGUGGAAGAAGUGGAGCAGCUGAGAGCUGGAGAGAAAGAGUCACAGGGGGUCUGCUCUCACAGGCACACAUCACAGCAGUGUGGAGAGCACAGGAGAUCUAGCGGACACUAUUGAAACUUACUGACUCAAGGACGUAGUCUGCUCUCUCUUGUCAGGGUAAUAAUGGUUCUCACUGGACUAGGGCUUCUCUGCAUGGCUAACUCAAGAGCAUGAGAGCAGACACUGGGCAUUGGGCAGAAGACACAUAGAGCUGUGAAUAGUGCCUGUGUCUUUCCUUCCUCUCACUUCAGAGAUUCAGAGAUAAAAAGAUUCAGAGUUUCUGUCCUUGGAGAGAAUCAGUACAGAGCAAAGAGGGAGAGAGGAGACUGUUAGAGGGGGAGAGUUCUGUCCUCUCAUCUCUGAGACAUGGUAGAGUGUGUUACAAUAGUGAGCCCCUCAGCAGCAGCAGCGUCAGCCCCAGAGCAUGGAGAAGUCCAGCAGUGAGGAGUCAGCCAUUCACCGCAGCCCCUCCGUGGAUAGCCGCGACUCUGACUUUGCCCGCGCCUCCACAUCUGGCCGCCCGUUCGGUGGCCGCGGCUUCACCGCCGGAGCGUUCUACGGCUCCACGGGGCCGCGUGGCACCGCCGCCGCACAGGGGCAGGCUGGGACAGCGGCCGAUGCCAGCGUCAACGUCGGAGGAGACAAGAGCAGCAAUAACAAGUACACAGCGCCCAAAGGCAGCAAAUACGUGGUCUUUUACCUGGAUCUAUCCUUUGUGUUCCUUUUAGAAUUCAAGAAGUGCAACAUGGCACGGGGCUGUCUCUGCUGUUUGAAGUACAUGAUGUUCCUCUUCAACCUCAUCUUCUGGUUGUGUGGCUGUGGACUGCUCGGCGUGGGCAUCUGGCUGUCUGUGUCCCAGGGCAGCUUUGCCACCUUCUCGCCCUCCUUCCCGUCGCUCUCCGCUGCCAACCUGGUCAUCGCCCUCGGCACCAUUGUCAUGGUGACUGGCUUCCUGGGCUGUCUGGGCGCCAUCAAGGAGAACAAGUGCCUGCUUCUGAGCUUCUUCAUUGUCUUGCUGAUAAUCCUGCUGGCAGAGCUGAUACUACUCAUCCUGUUCUUUGUGUAUUCAGAUAAGGUCAGCGAGAAUGCCAAGCAGGACCUGAAGGAUGGCUUGUCUCUGUACAACACAGACAACAACGUAGGCCUCAGGAACGCAUGGAACAUCAUCCAAGCAGAGUGGAAGUGCUGUGGGGUGGUAGGGUACACAGAUUGGCACGAGGCCCUCAAGGAAAAGGUGGUGCCCGACCGCUGCUGCCAGGAACACUACCAGGAGUGCGGACGCAACUCCACCAACAUGUUCUGGACAAGGGGCUGCUAUGAGAAGGUGGAGGAGUGGCUCGAUGACAAUAAGCAUCUCAUGGGAACCAUUGGCAUGUGCAUCUUGGUAGUGCAGCUCCUGGGAAUGGCGUUCUCCAUGACUCUGUUCCACCAAAUCCACAGAACGGGGAAGAAGUAUGACGCUUAGCAUUGGACAGACAGCACACAGGGAAAGGAGCCCCAUGUACUGCCUGAUGGGAUAGACUCUGGAUUAC